GCCGGGCCACUCGCCCCGUCGCUGACGGCGUCCGCCGCCCCGGGCAGCACCCAUGCACGGCGCGCUCCGGGAGUCGUAGGCUGCAGCUGCGCCGCGGCUCCGGGACCGGCAGGGUUGCUGCGGCCGUGGGGGGCGUCAAUGGAUCGCCAUUCCAGCUACAUCUUCAUCUGGCUGCAGCUCGAACUCUGCGCCAUGGCCGUGCUGCUCACCAAAGGUGAAAUCAGAUGCUACUGUGAUGCUGCCCAUUGUGUGGCGACUGGCUAUAUGUGUAAAUCUGAGCUAAGCGCCUGCUUCUCUAGACUUCUUGAUCCUCAGAACACAAAUUCCCCACUCACCCAUGGCUGCCUGGACUCUCUCGCAAGCACAGCAGACAUCUGCCAAGCCAAACAGGCACAAAACCACUCUGGCACCGCCAUGCCCACGUUGGAAUGCUGUCAUGAAGAUAUGUGCAAUUACAGAGGGCUGCAUGACGUUCUCUCCCCCCCCAAGGGGGAGGUCUCAGGACAAGGAAACCGGUAUCAGCAUGACAGUAGCAGAAACCUCAUCACCAAAGUGCAGGAGCUGACUUCUUCCAAAGAGUUGUGGUUCCGGGCAGCGGUGAUCGCUGUUCCCAUCGCUGGAGGGCUGAUUUUAGUGUUGCUUAUUAUGUUGGCCUUGAGGAUGCUUCGAAGUGAAAACAAGAGACUGCAGGACCAGCGGCAACAGAUGCUGUCCCGUUUGCACUACAGCUUUCAUGGACACCAUUCCAAAAAGGGGCAGGUUGCAAAGUUGGACUUGGAAUGCAUGGUACCAGUGAGUGGGCAUGAGAACUGCUGUCUGACCUGUGAUAAAAUGAGACAAGCAGACCUCAGCAACGACAAGAUCCUCUCGCUCGUUCAUUGGGGCAUGUACAGUGGGCACGGGAAGCUGGAAUUCGUAUGACUGCAUCUUAUCUGAACUGAGCUUCUUGGACGCUUGAAGGCCUUUGAGUUCUGCUGGACAGGAGCACUUUAUCUGAAGAAAAACAAACUCGUGUAAUCAUCUUUGAGAGACAAAAUGACCUCUGCAAACAGAAUCUUGGAUGUUUCUUCUGAAGGAUUAUUUGCACAGACUUAACGUACAGUCAAAUGUAUUACUUGCUUUGAAAUUAUAAAAAAGCAAAGAGAAGACUAUGUACACACUGUUACCAGGGUGAUUUGCAUCUGAGGGAGCUGCAAUGAGUACCUAAAUAAACCAAAAAUGUGCUCUAUGUCAGCUCCUACAUCUUGAUUUAUUGUAAAGAUUUUAAAAUAUAUAUAUAUACAUAUAUAUAUAUUUUGUCUGAAAUUUAGCAGUGUCUUGUCAUAAAUUAAAAACUAAGUGGGAAGUGUAAAAAAAUACUACAUGUUAAUUAUACAAACGAAGAUCUGUUCUCAGAGUAGGGUCUAACUAGGAUUUGGCUUGAUUUUUCUUUUUUCUUUUUUUUUUAAAAAAACAAAACAAGACCAAGAUCUUGUUUAUUCUUACAUGCCCGUGUAUAAUUUUCUUACAGUGUGUAGAAUUUCUAAAUGUAAUGCCCAUCGUUCAGUGUCUUAACAGUUUUUGUUUGGAUCAUUCUGGUUUUUAGCUUUCAUCCAAGAGAAAUCUUAAAUGUAUUUAAACCAGGUCAGAUAUGAUUGAUCAGUUUCUGAAGUUGCCUUAGCAAAGGUACUGUUAUUUAUCAACUUGAUCCAGUUGCUCUGGAAUACUUCUUAAAUGUCUACCUCCAACCAGGAAAAAAAAACCUAAAUGAAACUUUUUUUUUUUGUAGUUAAAGUUAGUCACUGUCUACUUCUACUGUUUACUCUGUCUCAAACCUAAUUAAAUAUUUUGGACCCAUGUUAGCCAAACUUUAUUGUACCAUGCUCCCAGUUUUCAAAACUUCCUUCAACACAGUAUUAUACUAAUAUUUUAUUUUAUUUUUUACUUCUCAAUUUUUAGAAAGGUUUUCAAUAGUGAAUAUUAUAUAUCAAUUGAGAUUUAAAUAACACAGAGUGCUACUAGUUUUCCUCCCCCAAAUUAACAUAACCAAAUAGAACAUUGACUUUAGCCACUAACUUGAUACACUAACAGUGUUUUCAUUCCUGUAGGACUUUCUGUCUGGCAACACUGCCCAGCCUGAAUUUAAACCCAUGCCAUAUUUGUGUACUUUUCCCCCCAGAUGGGUCUUUGUUAUCUUAAAUGUGACAAUAAUUUGUCAUGUAAGGUUUUUUCCCCCAAUUCUUUUGUAUAUUUGAAACUUUUGCUUAAAAAUUGACCUCUUGCCUGCAUAUUUGAAUGUGGGGUUUUCUUCUAUGAGUGUUAAAGGACUUUUUAAAAAAGGUUUUCCGGAAUAUUUUAUGAUAAGCAUAAUUUGGAUCCCUUAAGACAGAUGCAGUAGCCAAAUUCAUGGAAGAAUCAGAGUUGAAAGGACUAGUCUAAAAAUGAAUACCUAGAUUAUUUAAUAAUCAAUAGACCACAGCCCCAAACAAAUUAGGCUAUGGAAUAAAUAUGCGUUUUAAUAAAUGACAAUUUGUUUUGUGCUUUUUGAAAUUGACAGUUUGUGCAUGCAUGACUUACAAUUUACCAAAGGUGUUAAAUUUUAUGUGUGUCAAUGUUUGAGGGAGCCAAAGGACUGUUAGACCUAAUUGUCCAAACCUGUCUAGAGAAGAGAAUUGAUCAAAAUUGCCAUUGGUGCCACAGGUGGAAAUUUCCCCCUUCACCUCCGCUUUCUGCCUCUCAAUCAAAUCAUAGUAGUAGUGCCACUUAGAAUUGGAAGACUUCUUGCUCCUUUUGCCUGGUCAUUUCAUAUACAGUACCAUGCAAGGGCAAUCAUUCUUUAAGUAGCCAAUCUUUAUUAUCAGUUUUGUAUAGUUAAUAUUCUUCUGUUUGCCCUGCUUUUAUUCUCUAUUCACCUCAUUUCUUCCAAGUCCCAGUAAACUAAGAACUCAGCAAUUCAUUAAGAAAUAAAGCAAUGUAAGAUUUAAAUUCAUGUGCUCUGAAAUGCUUUGAAAUCAGUAAACUCCGGGUACCAGGAUAGAUCAAGGUCCAGGUUACAGCUGACGUCACAGAAAUCGAAUGCAAGAUGAAUGUAGCGUGUCCCCACUUGGUUCUGUGUUCACUGACCUGCAUCUUGUUUCUAUUGUAAAUUCAUGAGACCGCUUACACCUCUGUGUCGGUGGGAAGGUGGCAAUGUGCCUGUGUUCUCUUGUUAGACUGGUGUGCUGGGCCUCAAGUGGUAGCCACUUAAAUAGACUGGCCCUGUCUCUUUUGCUAAUAACAAAUCCUCUUUAAAAUCCUCUCAUUUACUAUUUGCACAUGUCCUUUCCACCAGUCUACGCAUAACUUGGCCUUUCAAUGAAAAUACUGCAGGUUUCUCAACUUUGAUUUUUACUAAGAACUAAAUAUAGAUACUUUUGCUUUCCUACGAGUGUAGAAGUUGCCAAGAGUGGAGAUAAAGGAUCCUUCAUGAAAUAACUACCUACCUGACUCAGUGACGUAAGAAUAGUUAUGACUGGUUUAUUUGUUUUUCCCUCACAGAGAUGUUUACUGUUACUUUGAGGUGUCAGUACAAGGCCAGGCUAACCAGGGACAGCCCCUGUUUAAUACUGACAUAAAACUCCCCCCCAAAAGUAAUUUUCCUUUCUAAGUGGAAAUUUGCCCAAACCAGAGACAAAUGGGACCAAAUUUGCCAUGUUUUUGUAUCUACACCCCUUACAUUGUACUCCUGUUGAAAAAAUUGAUCUGUACAUGGUUAUGUCUUUCAUGGCAUUUCCCCCCCUUAUUUUGAAUGGCUCAGAGGCUUCCUAGAAAUUGACUGGUGUGUCUCUAAUUUCUGCUGAACUGAUUUUAUUAAAAACACUGCACCAUAGGGGGUUUGACCUUCUAAAAUACCAAACAUGUCUGCUUAGAAAAUCAUAAAGCUCUCCUCUGAAGAGCUCGUAAAUCUGGUUUCAAUAUGGGUUGAUUAUAGACUAAAAGCUUGAAAGCAGUGGCAUCUAGUAUCAUGAGUCUGGGACUAGCCUUUUUGGGGCCAGGACAGCUUUUUUCCCUUAUAACCUAAUUGGUCCUCUUCCCUGUCUUAGCCCAAAGAACUUGAAACCUCAAAAGUUACAUGGUGUGAGGAGGUUGAACUCAUACAGAGUAGUGGUCAAGCUUGCUUUCAGAGUCUCACAGCCUGGGUUCAAAUGCUGCUUUUGUCUCUACUAGCUGUGUGAAUGUGGGCUAAUGACAAGCUCUUUAAAUACUCAGUUUUGUUACCUAUAAAAUGGGGGCAGUGAUUGGAGCCAUGAGGAGAUAUACAGUAGCCAUUACUAUUAAUGUACACGAGAGUCUUGUGUGAACUAGAGUGGCCCAACCUUCCUCAAAAAUUGAGAAUUUGUGCCUAUUUAUACAAUGGGUAUUUUUACUUUUUCAUUUCAGAUUUUUGUAUAUUUGAGAUUUGCUGGCCCUUCAGUCACCUGCAGACUGGAUUUAGUAUUUGUAAUAUUUGCUUUCAAUUUAUUGCCUUUAUUUAGCCUCUCAUAUCUACCGAUUAUGUUGAUUUGUAAUUAUGUCUUUUAGGAAUAAUCUAUAUGGCUACUGACAAGAACCUUUUAAUUUUAUGUACCUAUUUUGUUUUUGUUUUUGGUAUUUGGCAGAAUGAAGUUAUUUCAGUUUUGGCUGCUCCAGAUGGUUAAUCCAUUGAGAAAACCAAGAGUCAGGUUAAAUGACAGAUAGUUUCAGAAUUGCUUCAACAGUUUGUGUCUGAUCGAUGCAUUCUGAACAAGUGCUACCAUCAAUUAUAUUUGCCCCAUAGGUGCUCCAAACAAAAUAUAAAUAGUUCCACAACUG